AUGGAGCACUGGGACUCACUGGGAUUUUUGAUUGUCACACUCAACUAUAAUGUGACUAUUGUAGGAAAGAUCUGGCUCAUGCUGAUAAUUCUGCUGCGAAUGGCAGUGGUGGUGUUAGCAGGCUAUCCUCUCUACCAAGAUGAGCAGGAGCGCUUCGUCUGCAACACUCUACAACCAGGAUGCUCCAACGUUUGCUAUGACUUGUUCUCUCCUGUAUCUCACUUUCGAUUCUGGCUCAUUCAGACUGUGUCCAUCCUGCUACCUUAUGCUGCCUUCAACAUUUAUGUUUUGCACAAGGUAGCUAUGCACAUUGUAAGAGUGCACUGUUUGGUGCAUGGAUGCAAAGGGAAUAAGGGUUUGUCAAGUCCCAAAGACUUGAAGGAGCUCUGUAGAAGUGCUGUUGCCAAUAGAUUAGAUUGUGGUGCAGACAGCCUAAGUGUCCUGAAUUUUUCUGGAGCCUAUACUGUUCAUCUUUUUUUUAGGACACUGCUUGAAGCUGCCUUUGCAGUUGUGCAAUAUUUCCUCUUUGGUUUUGUUGUUCCUGAGCGCUUUUCCUGCUACCAUUCACCUUGUACAAGUGUGGUUGACUGUUAUAUCUCCCGGCCCACUGAGAAGUCCAUCAUGACGAUUUUCAUCUGGGGGGUCAGCAGCCUAUCAUUUCUGCUUAGCCUUGCUGAUCUCGUCUGUGCUCUCCGGAGAAUGACAGCAAGAAACCAAAAGAAAAAGGUGCUUGUGAGCCUCCAUGAAGAGAAUGAGUGUGUUUUAAAUUCUCCCUCAGGACAGCAUUGUUCUCCACCUCAGAAUCAGGACUGUCCAGUAUCAAAUAGCAGCCAGACCAGUGAUGGCUCCUGCUCACUUCUUUCUGAAGAGGAAGAAGAGGCUGUUCUUCAUCCUGAAGCGAUCUCUCAGCAAAAUGAGAGCACUAACCUUAACAGCAACAGCAAUAAGCCCUGUAUAUCAGGAGACUUUGCUGUUAAUCAAGAUAGCACUGAAGAACCCUUGUGUACCAGUGACCACCAAGGAAUCAUGUGCAGGCAGCUGAGACCCAGGCUUCAGCAGGACUUCAUUAAAGAUACUGCCCUCCCUUUGAGACCUCAGGUCACAUCUGACCUUGGAGUUCCUUCCUCUGUAGUUCAGAGCAAGCUUUUAGAAUAUUACCCUUCAGCUGAGAUAAAAAACCCUGAUGCACAAUCAAAUUAUAGCAGUACUAGUUGCUUGAGGUCAAAAAAGUCAGAAUGGGUAUAG